AUGGGCUCCCUCACACCUUAUCAGCGCAAGCACAGGGUCACCGUGAUCGGCUCAGGAAAUUGGGGUACCGCUAUCGCGAAGAUUGUCGCCGAAAAUACUGCCAGCAAUCCUGCCAUUUUCGAGAAGGAUGUUCAGAUGUGGGUAUUCGAGGAGAAGGUCGAGAUCUCCAAGGAAUCCCGCCACUACGACCCCUCUUCCCCUUUGUGCCAAGGUCCCCAGAACCUGACGGACAUCAUUAACACUGCGCACGAGAAUGUCAAAUACCUACCUGGAAUCGCUUUACCGGAUAACUUGCAUGCGAACCCAUCUUUGGUGGAAGCUGUCAAGGACAGCACAAUCCUUGUCUUCAACCUCCCCCACCAAUUCAUCAUCAAGACUUGCGAGCAAAUCAAGGGGAAGAUCCUACCAUAUGCGCGCGGAAUUUCCUGUAUUAAGGGGGUUGAUGUGAACGAAGAGGGUAUCAGUCUUUUCUCGGAAACAAUUGGCAAGAUCCUGGGGAUCUAUUGCGGUGCUCUUUCCGGUGCCAAUAUCGCCAGUGAAGUUGCGCAAGAGAAGUGGUCCGAGUCCAGCAUUGCCUAUGACCCCCCACACCUGGAUUCCAAGGCCCCUUCGCCCAAUCGCUCUCCUUCGGCAUCCUCCGAGAACCUUGUUCAAUUUGAGCACAAGGAUGUGUCCGGCCAGCUUUCUCGGGUGAAAUUGCAGGCUUUGCCAUCCGAAUUCCCACCUGUCGAUCAUGCUGUUCUCAAAUCACUGUUCCACCGUCCUUACUUCCAUAUUCGUGUAGUGAAUGACGUUGCUGGAGUAUCUCUUGGUGGCGCUCUCAAGAAUGUUGUCGCUCUUGCAGCAGGCUGGGUAGACGGCAUGGGAUGGGGUGAUAAUGCCAAGGCUGCCAUCAUGCGGGUUGGACUUCUUGAAAUGGUCAAGUUUGGAGAGAAGUUCUUCAGCGCAACGAUUGAAACUCGGACUUUUACCGAGGAAAGUGCAGGCGUCGCCGAUCUAAUCACCAGCUGCAGUGGUGGUCGUAACUUCCGUUGCGCAAAGCUCAGCGUGGAGAGAAAGCAGCCAAUUGACAAGGUCGAAGAGACCGAGCUAAACGGCCAAAAGCUUCAGGGCACCUUGACUGCAGUCGAAGUGAACAACUUCUUGAAGAAGCAGGGCAUGGAGGAUGAAUUCCCUCUGCUGACUGCUGUUUAUCGGGUCCUCACGGGAGCCAUGUCGGUGGAAGACAUUCCAUCAUACAUCGAGCGGUAA